CUGUGGUGAUCUGGAAGAUGUUGUAGCCGAAACUUGAUAUUCACUACGUUGUCUUUUAAAUUAUUGUUAAAAUAUUUACACAGAUGCAUAGUGCGUAUUAUAAGACUCAGAAUGGAUCAAACUGCACAUACACCAAAUUAAAAGCUUCAGGUCAGACUAAAGAAGAGUCCUACAGCCCAGCCAUGCCCCAGAAACCCCAAAAGAGCGCCCAGACGGCCCACUACAUCGAGCUGGGAGGUUACCAGUACUGGCCGGUGCUGGUGCCCCGAGGAAUCAGGCUGUACACCUACGAACAGAUCCCGGUGUUCCUGAGGGAGAACCCCUACAUCACAGAUGGAUACCGAGCGUACCUGCCCUCCAGACUGUGCAUCAAAAGCCUCUUCAUUCUGUCUAAUGAGACGGUGAAUAUCUGGAGCCAUCUGUUGGGCUUCCUGCUCUUCUUCUUCGUCGGGGUGUACAACAUGUCCUCUGUGCUGCCGGCCAUCGGCGCCUCCAAAGAGGACUACGUCAUCUACUCCAUCGGGCUCUUCUGCUUCCAGCUGUGCAUGCUGUGCUCGGUGGGUUAUCACCUGUUCUGCUGCCAUCGCUCGGAGAAGACCAGCCGCCGCUGGAUGGCGCUGGACUACGCCGGGGUGUCCAUCGGCAUCCUGGGCUGCUACGUCCCCGGAGUCUUCUACACCUUCUAUUGUAAUAAUUACUGGCGGCAGGUGUACCUGGUGACGGUCCUGGCCAUGAUCCUGACUGUCUUCUUCGCUCAGAUCCACCCUCAUUACCUCAGCAAGCAGUGGAAGCAGCUGCGCUCGCUCAUCUUCUGCUUGGUGGCCGGAUACGGCCUCAUCCCCACCGUCCACUGGAUCUGCAUCACCGGAGGCUUCUCCUCAGAGCUCGUCCAGGCUUUUGUUCCUCGAGUUCUGGGGAUGUACUUCAUCGCUGCUUUAGCGCUUAUUUUCUACGUUUCAAAAGUUCCAGAACGCUACUUCCCAGGUCAGCUGAACUACCUGGGCUCCAGUCACCAGGUGUGGCAUCUGCUACUGGUGCUGAUGUUUUACUGGUGGCACCAGUCAUCGUGUUUUAUCAUGGCGUACAGACACAGCCAGCCCUGCCCCGACGUCUCCCACCAUGCCUAGGACACGGCCCUGCACGCUUGGAUCCCUGACUCUGUUAAACAGUUGCUAAAUGUCUGCAGCCUGUUACAGCAUGCACAGGCCGAAGGCUGAGACACAACAUACUAUGGGUCCUUCUGUGUCCAUCUGUGUCCCCACAGAUGGACACAUUCUUACUCGCAAGUGUCUUCAGUCCACCUAACCUGUGAAGAAAAUAACUGGAGGAGCUGCAAACCAAACAGGAAGGACACGUCAACUGUAUCUUUAAGACAAGAUGGGACUCGAGGUUAACAGUCACGGUGGCUGAAAGUCAUUUUUACAAAUGAAUCACGACAAACUUAACUUUAACAGCGACUUUCCUCAUAAAGACUCAAAUCAUCAAGAUUAGCAAGUCCAGUCGUGUAGCAUUUAGUUUUCUAUCAGAAAAGUGCCUGUCAACAAACCCUGAUGUAGCUCUUGUUAAGUUAGCACAGUGUAGUUCGAUGCUUUUAGAAACGGCUUGUUCUGCCUGUAGGCUUCUUUCAGUAAGUAAUCAAGUAAAUGUCUUUAAAAGGGAAAAAUUCGAUGUUUCAUAUCAGCGCUCUGUUAAAAGUAUAAGUGGGAUGUGAGUUAACAAAUCUGUUUUUACAGUGUUGAGGUUAUUUGAACCCAAAUCAAUUCUUUUUCUCUUCAAACUAUUUAAAGUUGUUUUUUUGUGAAAAUGGUACUUCCUCACGAGAACAAGCUAAACUAACCAGUGUCUUUAAAUAGAAUUCAUGUUUAGAUAGAAAAUCCAAAGACGGCUGUUGAGAAUCGCUCAAACGUUGUUACCGUCAGUUCGUGUUAGAUUUCGGUAGUUUAUUUGGUCGUUUAGCGUGUACGGCGUUGAUGUUCUGUUUCUCAGACAAACAGAUUGCUUAAGUACCGAGACUGUGACGUGUAAUUACUCUAAAUACGACGCAAUCUGCAGAUGUUGAAGCACCUGAAGCGCCAGAAUUAAAUGUUUUUCUGCGUCAUGUGUCGGGCUGAUCUGCCGCAGCGUUCACUACUGGACUGUUUGGUUUUUUUUAGAAGUGUUUAUUAAAAACUGCGCUGAAGUCGCAGCAGAAAAAACGUAUUGUUUUAUUUUAAGUUUUCUUCCUCACAGCUUUUAUUUCAGUGUUUUUCAGACGCUAACCAGUGAGAGUUGAGGUUCGUGAGAGUGGGGAGUUUUGGGGAGCCGCUCGGCCUCUGGGGGCUGCUAGUGAGAACUUAAGUGUGUCCCAAAUCCUAAACUUUUUUUUAAAAAUUAAUGUCUACACUAUCAUCAAGUUCAGUUAAAAAAAUAGCAAUAUUUUGUACACUAAAGGAUCCACACAGGCAACUGGACAGCAGAGAAAAUUGCCUGAAUAAAUCUGUAUUAAAACUUCUACUUUCAUUGUAUACUAACAGAAUUUAACUUUUUUUCUGAGCACGUCCUUAUUUCAAAGGAUUAAUUUCAUUGUUUUGUGCUUUUUUUUUUUAAA